AUGGAGGUGCCCGGUCCCCUGCUCGACGCGUUCAUCUACUAUUUGACAGUGAUAUUCGUGUGCGAGGGCGCUCGCCACGUGGCAGAUCGAGUGUUGGACAAAAAGGGAUCGGCGCACAGAUUGCUCAUCGAAUUCGUCGGAACUCUUCAAGUGACGACGACCAUCUACGAGAACGGUGAGACCGUUUUUGCGUACUUUCAACCGCCCUCCCCCCCCCCCGAUUCCAGCCGUCAUCGACAUUCAUCUGGGCCGUCAGGCGUUCGCAUUCACCCUCUUCUCGAUGGGUCUCGUGUUUGCCGUCUGCAAUCGGACCGCCUUUGUCAGUCCGUUGGCGCCGCUGGAGCAGUACCUCUUCGGAAGACUCAAGUAGGCUCACCAACUCUUCUUCCAACCGUACCGUAUGCCCUUUCAGAUUCACCGAGUUGCUCCAAACCCUUGCCGCUCAAUUCUCGGCCGGUUAUUUGGCGUUCAGUUUCGCGCGAAACAUUUGGCUGAGGGCCUACAGUACUUCGGGAGCGCACGGAGAGAUUCUCGGGUUGAUGGAGUCGUGCGGGUUCAAUCAUCCGGUAAGUGUGCUACCGUAUACCUACGCCACAUGAAAAACGACAAUAGCACUUUAAAUUUACCCUCAUUUCCAAGAGCCUACAGUACUCCACGGAGUGGUUGUACCAAAAAGUUGUCAACUACAAAAAUAGAGUGCUCUGGCGGUGCUAUGCGCUGCUCAAAGCUAGUCUUCCCAUUUUCCACCGUAAUCCUCUACAGUAUCCCCUCUAUUAUCAUCUGGCGUUCGAGCUGCUCGGCACGUUCGUCGUCCGCCACGUGCUCACUCGUGCCACUGCCGACUCGCGCGAUUCCCGUGUCCGUUUCGUCUUUCCCGCCUUUUUCAUGGCCGCCGUCUUCACAGCCAGUAAGUUUUGAAAGAAGUCUAUCCAUCCGAAAACGUAUCGAAAAUUGUUUCAGCGGUGACGUUCGUCGGGGACCAGGCGCUGGACCCGUUGGUCGCUGCCACGUUGUUCUACGGGUGCCAGGGCCUCAGUUUUCAGCACUUUAUCCUCAUUUAUUGGGUCGCUCCGACCGUCGGCUGGAUGGCUUCCGCCUGGUACGACUCCCAGGGCGACGAGUCCGCGAAGAAACGUCUGGCAAAGGAGAAGAAAGCAGAGAAGAAACGGGCAAAGAAGAGCGAAUAA